CAGGAACAGUUUGGAUCCGCCGGUCCGGACGAGGAUGGACCGCCGCGCCUCACUGCCGUGUCCGGCGACUCUGUCGGCCAUGCAGCUGUCUCGUCUCCACUCGUCCACUCGGGCUCCGGUGACGGCGAGGGUCCUGCUGCAGCGCUCCUCCUCCCGCCGCCUCCUGCAGUCACCGCAGGAUGUCGCCAGCCCCGCCGUCUCCGAGCGAAGACUGUCGCUCAUACCCACAAUCCCCGAGGUCACGGGGCCCGAGAAGAGGGGCCAGUUCAGGAGACGUAACGUCAUGUCGCUGAGCGAUGCGUACAGUGUGUGUCUCAUCUGUCACAAUGAUCUGAACGGAGGAACAGGAGGAACCAGAGAGCUGCAGUGUAACCACACCUUCCACAGAGAGUGUAUCGAGGAGUGGCUGUGGAGGAAGCAGUCGUGUCCCACGUGUCAUGUCCAGGUGUCCGUCCCUCAGCCCGUCUACUGGAGCUCCACUCGGGUCAAAGUGCCCUGAACCCACCAUGAUGUCAUUAGCAGGGCUGUGAUGUCAUCAGGAGGGCCGUGAUGUCAUCGGCCAAUCAGAAGUGGCGCCAACAAACAACCACACUGACCUCAGCUGCUGUUAUGAGAUCAAAAACAUUAAU